GAAAUCAGCUGUAGCUGAAGAUCCAGGGAUCAGAUCCUGAGAGGUUCACCAGAACCAGUCCAGCGGGUCGGCAGAUAUUCUGCUAACAGACGGAGUGUCGGGUCGGUGUUGGUCGCUGUGAGUCAUCGUGACAUCAUGACGCUCCUCUCUCCUCGCGCCGGUUCUCCCCGAACCCAGCUGCGGACCGAGCGGAUCCCUCCCGGUUCGGUCCAGAGGCUCACCCGCUGACAGCCCCCUGUCCGCUCGAACCGACCACCGGGAACCCGCCCCCCGGACGGAUUCCAUCAGAACCGGAGCUGACAGUCUGCGCAAAGUUCCGGUUCGGUUCGGCUCGGUUGGUUCGGGUCUGRGAUGUAAAGAUGAGUAACGAGAGCAGAGAAGUUGGAGGUUUUCAGCCUCUGUGGAACUUCAACGGGUCCUCUCUGAACCAAUCAUCUGACCUGUUCUGUAACGAGUCCAACUCUUCGUCCUCCUGUUCCCUGAGUGAGGAUGAGGAGCAGGGCGGGAAUCCAUAUAAAACCCUGGAGAUGUUCUUCAUCGCUCUGGUCACCGGCUCUCUGAGUUUUGUGACGGUCACAGGGAACAUUCUGGUCAUGCUGUCYAUCAAAGUCAACCGACACCUGCAGACCGUCAACAACUACUUCCUGUUCUCCUUGGCGUGUGCCGACCUGAUCAUCGGCGCGUUCAGCAUGAACCUCUACACGGUCUACAUCAUCGUGGGGUACUGGCCUCUGGGCCCGGUGGUCUGUGACCUGUGGCUGGCCCUGGACUAYGUGGUCUCCAAUGCCUCCGUCAUGAACUUACUGAUCAUCAGCUUCGAUCGCUACUUCUGCGUCACCAAACCCCUGACCUACCCCACCAGACGGACCACCAAGAUGGCCGGUCUGAUGAUCGCUGCGGCGUGGAUCCUCUCGUUCAUCCUGUGGGCGCCCGCCAUCUUGUUCUGGCAGUUCAUCGUUGGCCAGCGGACCGUUCCACCUGGAGAGUGUUACAUUCAGUUCCUGUCCAACCCUGCGGUGACCUUUGGGACGGCCAUCGCUGCCUUCUACCUGCCGGUGGUCAUCAUGACGGUUCUAUACGUCAACAUCUCUCUGGCCUCCAGGAGCCGAGUCUCCAAACACAAACCUGAGAAGAAGGACAAGAAGACUCCGGGCCUGUUGAAGACCCACCUGAUCAAGCAGAACAACAACAACGAGACCAGUCCUCAGGCCAGUCCACGGUCCACCCCCAAGCUCAGCAUGGACUCCACCACCACAGCCCUGGAGUCUGUGAAGAAUGGACGGGUGGAGGACCCCAAACCUGUUGACCCAGAACCUGCAGUGCACCCCAGUCCCAGACUGACCCAG